GGCUGCGCCUCGCGCGCUCUCGCUCUUCUUUCUCUUCCUCUCCCCGGGGCUCCUCGGUGUCCGGGGCGGGUCGGCGGGCAGGUCCCUCCCGGAGGCUCCAUGGCUGCGAUCUUCGGCGGCGUGGAGGGGGGAGGGACCCACUCCCAGGUGGUCCUGAUCUCUGAAGAUGGCAAGAUCCUGGCAGAGGGCGAGGGGCCCUGCACCAACCACUGGCUGGUUGGGACAGACAGGUGCCUGGAGAGGAUCAACACCAUGGUCAGCGAAGCCAAGGGCAAGGCAGGGGCGGAUCCACAGGUCCCAUUGCGCUCCCUGGGCCUCUCUCUCAGCGGAGGCGAGCAGAAAGAAGCCAUCAACAAGCUCAUUGAGGAGAUGAAGACCCGCUUCCCCUGCCUGAGCCAAAACUACUACAUCACCACGGAUGCCAUUGGAGCCAUGGCCACAGCCACCGACCACGGCGGUGUGGUCCUCAUCUCCGGGACAGGCUCCAACUGCAAACUCAUCAAUCCGGACGGCUCUCAGGUCAGCUGCGGGGGAUGGGGCCACAUGAUGGGCGACGAGGGGUCAGCUUAUUGGAUCGCUCACCAGGCGGUGAAGAUGGUCUUUGACAGCCUGGACAACCUCGAAACGCCUCCGCAUGACAUCAGCUACGUCAAGCAAGCCAUGUUUGACUACUUCCAGGUGACGGACAGGAUGGGUCUCCUGACUCACCUCUACAGAACCUUUGAGAAAUCCAAGUUUGCAGGGUUUUGCAAGAAGCUGGCUGAAGGAGCCGAGGCUGGGGACCCCCUUUGCUGCUACGUUUUCAAUAAGGCUGGAGAAGUGUUGGCCCGGCACAUCAUAGCUGUGCUGCCAAAAGUUGAUCAGAGCCUCUUCCUAGGAGACCUGGGGCUGCCCAUCGUGUGCGUCGGAUCGGUGUGGAACAGCUGGGAAAUGAUGAAAGGAGGCUUCAUCCGAGUCCUUGACCAGGCGCACAGAGAGCAGCUCAGCACCGCCUUCUCCAAGUUCAGCCUCCUGAAGCUGAAGCAGUCCUCGGCGCUGGGAGGGGCUAGCCUGGGGGCCAAGCACAUUGGCCAAGCCCUCCCCCUGGACUACGCAGCCAACGUGAAUGUCUUCUACACACACUCCUUUGCCUAGAGGUGCAGGAUUGCUGCCCCCCCACCUGUCCUGCUCUUUCUCUCUCUCUCUCUCUCUCUCUCCAUGCCAUGGACCCGGUUUUUAAAUGUCAAAGACUGCCUGUUCUGCUUUGGAAGGACGUUUUUGUAGGGGCAUGUUUCGUAACAUUCAUUAAAAAAAG